GAGAGAGAGAGAGGGUGAAUAUUAGGGCACGAUUUGAGGCCUUUUCGUUCUCAGCUCGAGGGGGGUUGGUGAGGCUUUGGAAGUGGUCUGAAAAGGCUUCAGGGUUUUUAUUUUUUCUUGUUUUCUUGUUUUCUUGUUUUUCUCUGAUAAAGCACCUGGCUGGCUUCCUUCCUGGGUUCCUCGACAUUUCCGCAUUGCCUGAGUCUUUUCUCGGAAACUGGUGGUAAAUUCUUGAAUUUUACGUGAAAUUAGCGGGAUAAAGGAGGAGUUUUGGGGAGAGUUGGGUUGAAAAUCUCUUGCUGGAUCGAGAUCACCUCAGGGUUUUGCCUUUUUUUUCUUCUCUAUUUAGUGCUUGGGCCUUUUUCUUUUUUCUUUUGUGUAAUAGCGUUUGGUUUGUAAAAUUCUUUAGCUUACUAUUGGUUCCUCUUCACUUUGUACAGUGAGCUGUGGUCUGAUCCUGAUGCUGUCCUUCUUUCUUCUUGUUUUUUGUUUCUGAUGUAAUACCCAGGGACAAAGAUGGGACUUUGAUGCUCAGGGUUUUGCGGGUUUAUGCACUAUCAUUCACCGGUCGUGUUUUCAUGCUUGUUCGAGUAGGUUUCUGCUGUAAAAAUUGGAACUUUCUACUGAUUUAUUUCCUGAUCUCGUGGACUCUUGCUGGGUAGAGUGAACUUUCCAUUCUUCCGUUGAAUUUGUCUUCAAAAUCGCUCCUUGUUCUCCUUUGAACAAGAAUCUUGAGUUGGGAUUUUUUUACUUCGUGCUGUUCUUUCUGCGGAGCUCCGGAGGUGGUUGGUUCUUCAGUGGGGGUUUGUUUCUUUUUCUGGUAAUGGUGUUUUGAGCUUCCUCGCUGUCGCCAUGGAAGUGAGAUCAGAGACAGGAAUUAUGUCUGCUAGGGAGCCCUUUGACGUUGCCAUGCAGAAAAGCUCGACGCAGAACCAGCCGGCGAUCCAGAGCAUGCGGUUGGCCUAUACGCAGGAUGGUACAGCGAUAUACAAGCCAGUGACCAGCAACUCUCCUUCGUCACCUCCUUCUACUAGUCCUACUACUCUCUCUUACCAAGGAGGAGGCCGAGGGGGAGGAAGCACUGGCAGCGGCGUCGAAGGUCCCUCUCCGGUAAUGGCAUCACAUGGCCUAAAUAUUAACAUUGGGGAGCCGGUGAAGCGGAAGCGAGGGCGGCCGAGAAAGUACGGGCCUGAUGGCAUCGUGGCCCUUGCUCCUACAUCCGCUGCUGCUUCAGUCCCGCCAGGAGCCAGUGGAUGCUCCCCUCUCUUUCCUGGGACAACUAAGCCAGUAUCCUGGGCAGAUCCUACCAAGAAAGCAAGGGGCCGGCCUUCUGGUUCCGGCAAGAAGCAGCAGAUGGCUGCUUUAGGAUUAGCAGGGAUUGGAUUUACUCCUCAUGUUAUUACAGUGAAGACUGGAGAGGAUGUAUCAUCAAAAAUUAUGUCAUUUUGUCAGCAUGGUCCCCGUGCUGUUUGCAUUCUUUCAGCAAAUGGUGCAAUAUCUAAUGUAACUCUUCGUCAAACCGCAACUUCUGGUGGAACUGUAACUUAUGAGGGACGGUUUGAGAUAUUGUCAUUAUCAGGCUCAUUUCUGCUUUCAGAGAGUGGUGGCCAGCGGAGUCGGACGGGUGGGUUGAGUGUUUCACUUGCUGGUACUGAUGGACGCGUGUUGGGUGGGGGAGUGGCAGGACUACUGACUGCAGCAUCACCUGUCCAGGUGAUUGUGGGGAGCUUUAUAGCUGAUGGGAGAAAGGAAACGAAGAAGACGAAUCCUUUGGAACCCAUGUCUGCCCCUGGAAAGCUGGUACCUGCUGGGACAUCAGGACCCAGCAGCCCUCCCUCACGGGGCACUCUGAGUGAAUCUUCGGGUGGGCCUGGGAGCCCGCUCAAUCAGAGUACGGGAACAUACAACAACAGCGACCAGCAGGGGUUGUCCAAUAUGCCCUGGAAGUAACUUGCUGCUGUCACUGUUUGGGGUUUGGCUCCUAGUGAUGGUGAAACAAAUUGAUCCGUGUUUUUCCUCUGGUGUUGUGGUGGUGGUGGUGUUUAGGGACCAACUUUUCAUGUUUCUAGCUCCUGUUUGUACUGUUCUGAUGAAUUGUCGAGAGAUGUUUCAUUGUCAUGUAUGUGCAUGAGCCAAUCUGAUUGCUUGUCA